AAUAGUUAAGAUGCAUUUUUUAUUUUUAGUCAAACAUUAUUUUUAUUAAUUAAAGUUUAAUGUUAUCAAUGUGUUUGCGGAAUUUAUUGAUGAAUGCCGAUUAAGCGUGGAGAACAUUCGUGUAUUAAUACUCAGUUUUUAUUGCAGGAUUCCUCAUGUGGCGAAGAAGAAUUAUCGCCAUUGGUUCACCACCCCACUUGCGGCUUAUCAAAGCAGUUGAAAAACGGAUCGGCAUGGAGUAGCCACUCGGAUCACAGAGACCCUUGGAAGGGAAAAGGGCAAAAGUGUCCUCUCCCUACGCCCUUCUGCCGCCACGACGCACGACGACAUUGGAUUGUCGUCGUACCGCAGCGACCUCUGCGUCAUUAUUAUUAUUAUAGCCGCAAGGCUGACGUUUUUCCUUUUGGACUUGUAAAUAAAAGGCCUCAAAGUGUACGGCGCCGUGGAGAAGACGUUUCACCCGUUCGAGCUGAGCAGCAGGCUUUCCCGCGUGUUCCCCGGAACACUGCCCGGUAUACAAGGUGAGUUACAUUUAUUUUAUUUGUAUUUAUUCUUUUAUUUUUCCAUAACGUUAAUUUGCCUUAAUUGAUUAAAAGAUAUCUACAUUAUCUCUUUACAAGUUUCAAAUUAUUUUCAAUAUUAAUUUAAUAUUAAUUAAAAUGUGCAAAAAUAUAAAAUUGUUAAAUCAAAGAAAUCAACUUUGCAAUUACAGUACAAUAUUUAUAUGUAUGCGUAUAUUUAUAAUGUUUACUAUAAUAAAAAAUUAGUUUUAAACAUAUGCUAUGUGAAGUAUUAAAUGACAAAUGAAUAAAAUAUGAAAUUUGAAUAUAUAUUAAGUUCAGAACACUAAUGACACUUGGCAAUCAAUUGAUACGAUGGCAACAAACGUAUACACCGAAGAAAUCCAACUUAUAGAAAUAUAUAUAU